ACGAAGAAGAUAGUAGAUUGUAAAGAUGGCAAGAACCAAGCAAACGGCUCGUAAAUCCACUGGUGGCAAAGCGCCAAGAAAGCAGCUUGCUACCAAAGCUGCCCGUAAGAGCGCUCCAGCCACCGGUGGCGUCAAGAAGCCCCAUCGUUACAGGCCUGGGACUGUGGCUCUGCGAGAGAUUCGUCGUUAUCAGAAGUCCACUGAACUGCUGAUUCGUAAGCUGCCUUUUCAGCGUCUGGUUCGAGAAAUCGCUCAAGACUUCAAGACGGAUCUGCGUUUCCAGAGCUCCGCGGUCAUGGCCCUGCAGGAGGCCAGUGAGGCUUACUUGGUCGGUCUGUUUGAGGAUACCAACUUGUGCGCCAUCCACGCCAAGAGAGUGACCAUCAUGCCUAAAGACAUUCAGCUGGCCCGCCGUAUUCGUGGAGAGCGUGCUUAAACUCGCCGCAGCAUCACCUGCAAAACACCCCAAAGGCUCUUUUAAGAGCCACCUAAAUCGCACUGAAAGACUUUUCAUUGAAACUCUGAGUAUAAUGAGUAAAAAACAUUGUCUUAAACUUUAAA